AGAGCACUCUCCUCAAGACAGUGGUGAUAACAGGUGAUGGGAGGAAAGCUACGUCCUAACAGACGACUCAGGCUGGAGGGCGUUGUGCUUUACAACAACGACCCUUUGUCGCCCAGACUUGCUAUAAAGCGGCCCAUCGCUUAUGUGACUCAACACGACAACGUGCAUUUGCCGUUUUUCACAGUCCGAGAAACUAUCGAGUUUGUUCAACGGUGUGCUCUAUGGCAGCGUUGUAUGCCACAGUCCGAUGCUGUACAGGGCCGGGACUCGUACGUGGACUACAUCCUACACAUGUUUGGUCUCAAAAAGAUUGAAAACGAACGGGUUGGGACUCUUGCUGAUGGCAUCAAGGAUAGCGACCGAAACAGACUGGCAACUGCGGAGAUUGCUAUGGGUACAUACUCUGUGUUGCUGUAUGAUCAGACAAGUUCUGGACAGGACUCGCUUAUCACGUAUGACUUGCUUCAAAUGCUGCAAAGCGUGGUUCACGUACAGCAUUGUGCUGCCGUCAUAUCGCUGGUUCAGAUUUCACCGGAAUCCUUCGAUCUUUUCGACCGUGUUAUCCUUCUCAGCGAGGGUGAGGUUCUCUAUCAAGGCCCGCGUGAAUGCGUCGAGAGCUACUUCUUAAAGCUUGGGUUCAAGAAGCCCGCUCACGUAGACUCUGGAACAUUUUUACAGGAUAUUGCAGCUGGCGAGGGUGGACAGUAUUCACAGCAGCCUUCAUCGCUUAGUAUUGAGGAGCUUAUAAAGUUCUAUAAAGGAUCGGACUACUAUAAAGACGUUUUUCGGCUUGUUUCAACUGAAAAGGCGACUCAAGCAACCUUAUUCAGAACUUCUAGCAUUCGUGCUUCGCUGCAAGGGAAUGAUGUGUUGGUGACGGAAGCUCCGAGUGUAGAAAGUUGUGCUUGCGUUCGUGUUGGCGACAAGGUGACAGGAGUUUGCGUGCGUAGUGAAGAAUUUCAAUAUGUUGAGAGCUCGGAUUCAGCUUCGAAAGUAUCCAACAUGUUGAAGGCAUCGUAUAGCUCCAUCCUUUUACAGUUGGAGCGAAAUCUCGAUGAGGGAGGCAAUGCUAUGUAUUAUCAAAGACACUUCGGAUGGCAACAAUUUUGUUCGUGGUGGUUGUCGACCUGGUGUUUGAUCCGGCGUCAAACAAUAUUUGUAAUGCGACUUAAGGGAUUAGCUAUUGUACGACUUCUCCAGAUUCUUUUAGUCGGCUUGUUCACUGGCUCCUUGUUCUAUCAUAAAGGAGGCAGACUUGAUCAAUACGAAAUGAAUUCUAUGAGAACGAUUGGAUUUAUAUCUAUGAUGACUUUGAUGUUAAUUAACAUCGUCCAGCUUCCGGUCCAUAUGGUGUUUCAUCGACCCGUUUUCUACAAGCAGCAAGGUCAACACUUAUUUCCUGUUUCUUCGUAUGUAGUAGCACAUGCCAUUUUGAACAUUCCUCAAUCAGUUACAGAGCUUCGCUGUCUAAAGAGAAGGCAGCACAUUAUGUUCAGUACUUAG